GGGCGUUCACGGGGCCCGCUAUCCCCAGUCCCUCGCUGCGCGGUCUGGCCCAUGACCUUCACGGUAGCGCGUGUCCCGCACCGGGGUUUGCCUUCCCGGACUGGGCCUACAAGCCGGAGUCUUCCCCGGGCUCCCGGCAGAUCCAGCUGUGGCACUUUAUCCUGGAGCUGCUACGGAAGGAGGAGUAUCAGGGUGUCAUCGCCUGGCAGGGGGACUACGGCGAAUUUGUCAUCAAGGACCCCGAUGAGGUGGCUCGGCUCUGGGGCGUCCGCAAGUGCAAACCCCAGAUGAAUUAUGACAAGCUGAGCCGGGCCCUGCGGUAUUACUACAACAAACGCAUUCUGCACAAGACCAAGGGGAAACGAUUCACCUACAAGUUCAACUUCAACAAACUGGUGCUGGUUAAUUACCCUUUCAUUGAUGUGGGGUUGGCUGGGGGUGCGGUACCCCAGAGCGCCCCACCAGUGCCAUCGGGUGGCAGCCACUUCCGCUUCCCCCCCUCCACGCCCUCUGAGGUGCUGUCCCCCACUGAGGAUCCUCGCUCCCCACCUGCCUGCUCUUCAUCCUCAUCCUCCCUCUUCUCGGCUGUGGUAGCCCGCCGACUGGGCCGGGGCUCGGUCAGCGACUGUAGUGAUGGCACCUCAGAGUUGGAGGAGCCCCUGGGAGAGGAUCCCCGGGCCCGACCGCCUGGCCCACCAGAACUGGGUGCCUUCCGUGGCCCCCCGCUGGCCCGCCUGCCCCAUGACCCUGGUGUCUUUCGUGUCUAUCCCCGGCCCCGGGGUGGUCCAGAGCCCCUCAGUCCCUUCCCUGUGUCACCCCUAGCUGGACCUGGCUCCCUGCUACCCCCUCAGCUCUCACCGGCUCUGCCCAUGACGCCCACCCACCUGGCCUACACACCCUCACCCACUCUGAGCCCUAUGUACCCCGGUGGUGGCGGGGGUCCCAGUGGCUCAGGGGGAGGUUCCCAUUUCUCCUUCAGCCCCGAGGACAUGAAACGGUACCUACAGGCCCACACCCAAAGUGUCUACAACUAUCACCUCAGCCCCCGCGCCUUUCUGCACUAUCCUGGGCUGGUGGUACCUCAGCCCCAGCGUCCUGACAAGUGCCCACUGCCUCCCCUGGCCCCUGAGACCCCACCGGUCCCCUCCUCGGCUUCGUCCUCCUCUUCUUCCUCUUCCUCCCCAUUCAAGUUUAAGCUCCAGCCGCCCCCACUAGGACGCCGCCAGCGGGCAGCUGGGGAGAAGGCUCUAGCAGGUGCUGACAAGAGUGCCGUUGGUCCAGGCCGAUUGGGUGAGGGGGCAGGGGCCUUGGUACCACCACCGCCACCGCCACAGAUCAAGGUGGAGCCCAUCUCAGAAGGCGAGUCCGAGGAGGUGGAGGUGACUGAUAUCAGCGAUGAGGAUGAGGAAGAUGGCGAGGUGUUCAAGACCCCCCGAGCCCCGCCUGCACCCCCCAAGCCGGAGCCCGGCGAGGCACCUGGGGCAGCCCAAUGCAUGCCCCUCAAGCUGCGCUUUAAGCGGCGUUGGAGUGAGGACUGUCGCCUGGAGGGGGGUGGGGGCACCACUGGUGGCCUGGAGGAUGAGGGUGAGGACAAGAAGGUGCGUGGGGAGGGGCCUGGGGAGGCUGGGGGACCCCUCACCCCAAGACGGGUGAGCUCUGAUCUCCAGCACGCCACGGCCCAGCUCUCGCUGGAACCCCGUGAUUCCUGAGGGCUGUGGACUGUGUUCCUCCACCCCAAUGCUUUUGCUGCCUUAACCGCCCCCCCUGCCCCCCAGUGCCCUGGAGGUGAGGGCAGCUCAAGUCCCUUCCCUGCCUCCUAUCGCUCCCCUGCCCACAUUUUGUAUAAAACUUUUUUUUUAAAUGGUGGGGGUGGGUGGGUGCCCAGGGCUGUCUCCUGAUACUCUGGGGUAGUGGUGGGCGGGAGGAGGGAGGGAGAGGUGAGGGAGGUAAGGGGGGGAGGCCACCUCCGUUCUGGGAAUUUUUAUUUGAACUG